UCGAGAUCGCCCUCUGCUUCUGACGUCCUCUAUACCUACCAUCAUGCCCUCUCACCUCAACCAAAAUUUCUACCCCUGUCUGCCCCCCGAGAUUAGUCAAAAGAUCAUCGACAUCUUCGGCUUCACCGCCUGCCCCAAAGACAUUGUCGCGUUCGCAUGCGCAAGCGAGGUCACCUAUCACCAGAUCAUCCCAUACCUCUACCGCAACCUCUCGCUCAGCAUAGACGCUGCUCUCAAGCUCUUCCCCGAUGACGGAGGCGCAAUGCUUUGUCCCAGAGCGAGCUUCGAUAUGGUUUCCAUGCCUCUCGUCUCUGACCGAAACGGUUCAGUAGAAAGCGACAUCGAGCUGCUCUCGCUCUAUGCAAAAGUCAGAAAGACAAAAUCCUGGCCAAGGUCCUGCUUCCUUUUCUCAAGAAACUGCUCCACCUCCGAUACACGCGCAGCUUGAAGAUAGACGCACGAAACGUUCACUUGCUCGCUCGAUACAUCGACUAUCAAUCAUCCCUCACCGCCCUUGCCACGUCUACCAAGCCCCUCACAUUCUUCCCUUGCUUCGACAGCCUGGCGAUUGUGCUGGACGACAGGAACCGAUAUGACGAUGGACUCUUGGAUCUUGAACGUGUCGAAAUGGGUCGUGCUGUGCGCUGCGCGCUGCAACCGGCUCGUCUCUGCAUAUUCCAUGACGAAGAGAAUCCUGCCCCCUCCCCAGACAUAGAAGACAGUGAAAAGCAAAUGUACCUUAGGGGACAGUAUGCUUAUAUCAAUGGGCUGGGGUUCCUGCGUUCGUCGCCGGGCAAGACAAGGCUGCUCGAGACAUUGAGCGUGCAUCGUGCUUCUCCGGACGCCGCUUUGGCAUGGCAUCCUCUUUCAGUGUUCAGAGCGAGGGAGGUAGAAAUUUUCUUGGGAGGCGACGGCCUCGAAUAUUGUUCGGAUCGUUCCAAAAUGAAAAGAGAAAUUCUAAACGAGAUUGGGGCCUUUCUGGAAAAGUUGUUUGCAGUUCAAGAGGUACUCGACAAAGGCAAGAAAGUGUAUGAAUUCCCUCUCAUGGCCGGAGUCAUACGAAGCCUCAUAUUCUGCAACUGCCUCAUGCCGAUGGACGUCAUACUUGAGACGCUAUUUGAAGAAGGGCGAAUCAGGAGAGAGGUGUAUAAGGCCUGGGUAAGGACUGGUAGGAGAAUGGUCAUGACCCAUAUGGAUGAGAAAGUGUGUUGCAAGCUUUGUCAGGAAUGUGACCGAGACAGAUUUGUACUGAUACCGGUACAGACAGCAGGGUAGUCAAGCAACAUGUUUUGGGCGACUUGCGAGGGAAUGGGCUGGGAGCGAGGACAUUGACAUGUGGCAUCGCAGAUGAUGAACACGGGCGCUAGAGGCAUGAAUCAAGGGUGAUUGGAGAGGACGGUUGGGGAGACUGGAGCCGUGGGCGCCGGCGUUUUGACUUGAGCUUCGGAGGGUAAGCCGUGGUUAUCGAAGAUAAGGGCAGGUGUGCGAUGCCCUGCGAAUCACUAGUCAUCGCAGAGGUCGUGUAGUCUCGCUGCUCUCGUAUAUUAUUGUACCCAUGUACAACGACAUCUCCUGUGCUUCCACGAGGCGCCUUACAGCCUCAGCAUAUUCACCACCGCCCUCAUCUCUGCCGCUAGCUCUUCAUCACCCUUUGCAUUAGCCGAGGCGACCUUUGCUCCCUCAAAAUCAGGCAAACAGAGACUGCCGCCUGCUCGCUAACGGAUGUGUCGACAUUCGACAUCACCAUGAACGACGCGGACGCUAAGGAGGAACUCGUAGAGGGAUUGGAUGGAGCUCCUGGAAUGAUCAUCGGUCAACGUUGUACAAGUCAUUCUGCACAAUGGGUUGAAGGUGGUGGAGAGCUUAUAACGAGCCAUGUGGACGAGAAAGUGUGUUGCGAUGUCUGCCAGAAAUGCGAUAGAGCCAUGCAUCCGUUAUUCAUAUUGCUACAUUGACCAUACUAAUUGCUACAAUACCCCU